CCGAUAAGCAAAAAAAAAGUUUCCCUUUAUUGAACGGAAAGCUCUUUCUAGUCUACGGUCGUGACUUGACGUGACCACUUUUUUUUUUCCGAACGACACGCGGAUCUGAUUGUAAAACGUAUGCAAAUAUUUGGUGCUCUUUCAGGUGUUCUUCUCGUGUAACUCGAUCGCCGUUUUUCUUUAAUUAGAAGACUUUUCGUGUAUGUGUUUGUUUUUUUUUGCAUUCUUUUUUAAAAUGUUGCGUGGAAUCGACAGUAAUCGACUAUUGUACAGGAUGCAUUUUGAAAUGAUGCAAUUUUUUAAAAAAUGAUAAUUGAUAACGUUUGACUCUUUUCUAUUUUUCCUCGUGUUUCAGAUACGUGUAGAUAUCUGAUGAGCAGUUUAUUAAGUGCUGUAUGAACAUUGUCAAGUCACUGCUAUUAUUGUAUUAUUCGUUACUUUUAUAUAACGAACACAAUUUCUCACUGUUUGCUUUUUGUAAGAUCAAUACAUUUUCUUUUUUUAGAAAUGUUUACAUGGGGGGUUUUAGUCAGUUCUUUAACCUCCCCCCUCGAAGAGCAGAAAAAUGUCUUUAAAGCCCCAUUAAUGUUCUUUCCAGCAGAAUGAAGGCCGAUAAAGAAGCUAACAUCUAGUUUAUGGAUCUCUUUAAGAAACUUACCAAGAACCAAGUCUAUAACCACAAACUAUUACGGAAUUUUAUUUCGUACGUUAUUUUUUCGUUUUUUUUUUUUUUUGAAAGUGGAAUAAGCGAUACUGACGUACAGGCUUUCACGAAAGAAAAUUUCAGUCAUGUAAAUCGAUAACGACAAGAACCUCGUACGUAUGUGGUGCACUAUGUCUCAAGAAGCAAAACGGAAAAGGAAAGCUUUAAGGCAGUACCGUAUACAAAACUGCUGGACGAAUUGGGCCGACUAACAGGAGAAACAAUGGGCUUUCUCUGCACAAUGGAUAAACUUUGAAUGGGACUGGAGGGCUUUCCAUAAGGUAGAAAAUAGGGUGAUUGCUCUGUCAGCUGGUGGGUUCACAACGUCGAUGUGGUCAGCUGACGCUAAUGUAUGGUCGAUGGUUUUUAUUUUCUUCUUCGACCACUGUCUGACAGCUGAAGAUUCAGGUCUCUGCAAACCAAUACCGCAACAUUUGGACGGGCAGAAACGGGUAUAAAAACAUCGAUGUCGAUGCUCCAGAAGACACUUCACUUCCAGCUUUGCAAGAACAACAGUCAUGGAUACUAAAGCGCGAUCUGUUCUUUUGUUGUUGUGCCUCGUAUUGGCCACUGCUCUAGCAGAAUCCAGCCGUCAAAAACGAUCACCGGAUGGACACGGACAUCAUGAUCAUCACGACCACGGUCACAGUCAGCCAUCAUCCUCAGACAACGCUCAACUAGCUGCUCCUUCCUAUGAUUUUCCUAAGGGCCCCCCUGAAUACGAGGCCCAAGCAGCACCUUAUUUCAACUUUCCAGCUUCUGAAUACAGUCCCCCUGCAUACAGUCCUCCUGCAUACAGUCCUCCUGCAUACAGUCCCCCUGCAUACAGUCCCCCUGCUCCUGCAUACAAUCCGCCUGCCCCUCAAUACUCUCCACCUGCGCCUCAAACCUAUCCUGUUCCAGCUUCACCGUCUUACGAUCCUCCUGCCCCUCAGUAUCCAGCUCCUGCUUACAGCGCUCCAGCUCCCCAAUACAACCCAUCUUACGAGGCCCCUCAACAAUCGUAUGAAGCUCCACAAGAGGUGUAUGAAGCCCCUCAAUAUUCUUACGGAGCCCCUAAAGCCAAGAAACCUAAGGGCAGCUAUGGUGCUCCAAAAGCCACCAAAGCCCCAAAAGCACCUAAGGGGGUCUAUGGCGCUCCAAAAGCCACUAAGAAGCCGAAGCCCAGCUAUGGACCUCCACAGAAGGCGUACGGUGCCCCUCAACAGUCGUAUGCAGCUCCAGCACCUUCUUACCAAGCUCCUUCCUACCAAGCCCCAGCUCCUUCCUACCAAGCCCCAGCUCCUUCCUACCAAGCUCCAGCUCCUUCCUACCAAGCUCCAGCUUAUUCAGCUCCUGCUCCUGUGUACAGCCAACCAGCCUACUCUCCCCAUUCCCGCGUCCUUCAGGAAGUGUAUGAUUACUAACUAAAACGUGAUUUCACUGGCUGAUUCACGUAUUAUUGUUGCUCUUUAACCUUUAAAGUCUUUUUCCUACCCUACAGUUAAUUGAGCAUUGUCUAGCAUCACUGUUAUUCUUCCAUUCUUUUAGAAUGCUUUCUCUGCGAAUCUUGUAUAGUUGCAAAGGAAAAUUAAUAAAAGGAUUUUAUGAUUCAA